CGUGGAUUGAAUUGAACUCAAGACGAAGAUGAGUUGACACGGAAGACAACAAAGCCACACACACACUCGCAUCGUCUUCUACAACCAACAAUCACACACUCAUCCAUGGAAACCAAGCUUUUCGACCCCCCUCCUCUCUAUCUCCACCUCCCCUCCCUUUCUCCAUCCACCACCCAUUUCACAAAACCCACAUUCCUCCCCUUCCCCCUCCGUAACAACCACACUUCCUUCAAAUCCCUCGCUCACAAUUCCGGUUCUUCACACACCGAUCCCGUUCAAGACAAUCAACACUCUCAAUCUCCCAAACCUGUUUACUCUCCCACACCUCCCAAUCGACCACAACGCACCCCUCACAGCGGCUACCACUUUGAUGGAACCGCUCGCAAAUUCUUUGAGGGUUGGUACUUCAAGGUUUCCAUUCCCGAAAAGCGGCAGAGCUUUUGCUUUAUGUAUUCUGUUGAGAAUCCUGCGUUUCGUAAACCAUUGACGACGUUCGAAUUGGCGCAGUAUGGACCUAGGUUUACUGGUGUUGGGGCGCAAAUUCUUGGUGCUGAUGAUAAAUACAUUUGUCAAUACACUCCGGAAUCGAACAAUUUCUGGGGAAGUAGGAAUGAACUGAUGCUGGGUAACACGUUUGCGGUUAAGCCGAAUUCGAAACCUCCGAAGAAAGAGGUUCAUCCUAAGGAAUUUAAUGAUAGAGUGUUGGAAGGUUUUCAAGUCACUCCCCUUUGGCAUCAAGGUUCCAUUAGCGAUGACGGAAGGUCGGAUUAUGUAGAAACAGUAAAGACGGCUCGCUGGGAGUAUAGUACACGUCCUGUAUAUGGUUGGGGUGAUGUUGGGUCCGCACAAAAGUCAACUGCUGGCUGGCUUGCAGCUUUUCCUGUUUUUGAACCGCAUUGGCAAAUAUGCAUGGGCGGUGGUCUUUCAACAGGUUGGAUAGAGUGGGAUGGCGAGAGGAUUGAGUUUGAAAAUGCCCCAUCUUAUUCCGAAAAGAACUGGGGUGGAGCUUUCCCGAGAAAAUGGUUUUGGGCUCAGUGUAAUGUUUUCGAAGGUGCUAGUGGAGAAGUUGCACUUACAGCAGCAGGCGGAUUGAGACAAAUUCCAGGAUUAACUGAGACAUAUGAAAAUGCUGCAUUGAUUGGAGUUCACUUUGGUGGAAAGUUUUAUGAAUUUGUGCCUUGGAAUGGCGUUGUAUCCUGGGAAAUUGCUACAUGGGGUUAUUGGUUUAUGUCUGCAGACAAUGGCAAUUAUUUGGUUGAAUUAGAAGCAACAGCAGAUGAUCCAGGUACUACAUUGCGUGCUCCAACCUCAGAAGCUGGCCUUACCCAAGCUUGUAAAGAUACAUGUUUUGGAAAUCUAAGAUUACAAUUGUGGGAACGUAGAUACGAUGGAAGCAAGGGAAAGAAAAUAUUGGACGUGAAAAGUGACAUGGCAGCUCUAGAAGUUGGAGGAGGUCCAUGGUUUAACAAAUGGAAGAGAAAGACAUCAACUCCACCUAUUCUUCAGCGAGCUAUUGGAUUGCCUAUAGAUGUAGAUGGCAUCUAUAGUCUGUUUCCUCUGCUUAAACCACCUGGUUUGUAGUAAGUGGUUUUAAUACCCUUCUUGUAAAACUUCUCUUGGUGCAUGCAAAUAUUCUCCGAGAUUCAUGGUAAGUACAAAAUUUUGAAAGGGAUUCAUGAUUAGAAGAAUACAAUGUUAAUACAUAGAAAAGAUCAAAUAAAAAUAAUUGAAUUUUUACUUCAAAGAAUGCUUAUGGAAUUCUUGACAUGUAUUUUGUUGGAGGAGAGAGAAGAAUGUUUAAAGGUAAUUAGUAUUCUUGGGUCCUCUGAAAAUUGUUAAACAUGAAUCAAACAUAGAUUUUUCUUGGAUGGACUACUGAAUUCAUUAUACAACCAAAUUAGUUGCAAUAAAGGAAAUAAUACAAGAAGCAUAUUUCUACUGCAUCCCCAAGAUAAAACAUUUUAGAUACAACUGUAUCAUAUUUCUACUGCAUUGUAGGAUCUUUCUAUAAAUAAACAUCUAUAUGGUACUUUGGCCACUAAAUAUGGUUCAAGACCAUUCUAACUUUCUAAGGGACAAUUGAAUGAUACUUUGGCCAAUUUUAAUUAUUAAAGAGCCAAGCGUUUCUUUGAAGAGACAACCUUUUUGAAGAGAUAAAUAUUUCUGGAGAGAUUAAUUUCCAAUGGGACGGAAAGGAGGGAAGAAAUGAACUGUUCAAUAACUCAAUAGUAGUGACUAGUGAGGGGGAGAAAAGAGAAAAAGACUCGAUAAUUCAGAGCUUUUUUUAGAGUGCUUUGGAAAGAAAUAUGAAAAUUCUUUAUAUA